GGAUCAUUAGCGAAGUAUGCGGAGCAAGUGAAAAAACACAUUAUAAUGACAGUGAAUAUCAAAUAACAAUUUGAUCAUUGGAAAUUCAAGGUGAUUCAAAAAGAGAAACGUUAACUCUGUGCUCCUCAAUUCUAAUCUAAUCUCCAAAAUGUCCUGUCAAGGUUAGAGCUGACAAAAUACAUCAGCACAUAUCACUGGUGUUCGAAAAACUCCUUGCUCGAGCUCACGAGGACGUCUUAUCUGUUUUAUUCGAGUAAUCAGAACAGCUACAGGGAUGAUAAAACAAACCAGGGCUUUGGUUUUUGGUUUUAUUAUUGUUGUUUUUUUCCACUGCCUGCAGCGGUGCUUUGUUGUACUGGCACACAUUCACACAUGUUUCCUGGUGUAAUUCCUAACUCAGAAUGCACAGCAGGCUCUUGCCAGAAAUCAAAGUUCAAGGAAACUAGCACGUUUACAAGAAACGUUCCAUCUCUCGAGGGAGGAGGAAAUGGCUCAUUCGCUUUCUGUCUUCACCAUGGAUGAGUCGCAGAUUUGGAGCCAAGUAAAUGAACAAUUAGAGAGCAGCCCGAAAUAUGACUACACUAUAACCAAAUUGAGCAGCUGGAGAGAGGGUAUGCCUUUACCGGAUGUUGUGAAUAGUGGAUCGAUGAUUUCCAAGGUGCCUGAGAAGGCUAUGGAGGAGAAACUGGCCGUCACGGCUGAGCUGCAGAGCCUGAAGAAGCUGGGAGACAGAGGCCACUCAAGACUACAAGAUGAAGAACUGAUCAAUGCCCUUAAAGAUGAAGUUGCACGACUGACAGAGCGGGAGCAGUCUCUGGAACAACAUUUGAAGACAGUACGCGAGGAGAACGCCAGUCUGAAAGACACUGUGUCCUUGCUAGACGAACAACUGGCCAUGCAGAAGCAACAAAUUAGCAGACAAACACAACAGCUGGCAGAAGCCUGUCAGGAAGUGGAGCUUGGGAAAGGCAAAGUACAAGAUCUCCAGUCUCAGAUAGAGGAACUACAGGAAGAAGUUUCUCUCCAGAGGACCGCCGAUGGGAACACAUCCCUGCUUUCAGAGAUGGAGCGGAGUCUAGACGCCUUCAACUGGAGCCAAGACAAGGAGCAGGUCAUACAGGAAGUGAGCUCCAUCUUACACAUGCUGCAUCCUGUUUCCCAUGGUUCGGAGGCCCUAUGCAAUCAAGAAGAUAGCCUGCAAGGCAUGCUGGGACAGCUUAAGAGUGUGGCAGAAAGGAUUGUGCACAAUGAGACACUGCAGGAGCUGAAGAGGCCCAUUGUAGGAGGAGACACAGCGCUGUGUGAGAAUACAGCCAGGAUACAGGAGCUGCUAGAUCAGAAUACACAACUCUUAAAAGAGAACACUGAACUCAACGCUGACAGCAGGCGGAAUAAAGAGAUUAUCCAAAGAGCUAUUAAGGACAGAGAUGACGCCAUUUCAAAGAAAAUAGCAGUGGAGGCAGAACUGGUGCGGUGCAGAAACGACAUGAUGUAUCUGAAUAACCAGCUGCUGGAGGCCAUCCAGCGUAAACUGGAGCUUUCUCAGGAACUGGAGGCCUGGCAGGACGACAUCCAGGUGAUCAUUAACCAGCAGCUGAAGAGCCAGACAGAGCAGCAGAUGCAGUCGAAGAGGUCAGGAGGAGGUCGUCUCUCUUUUUUCCGCAAACCACUGAAAGCAUCGUCCUCUGUGUCCUGCAUACCGGAAGCCACCACAGUGCCCAACCGUUCACCCUGGAAAAACUGGCUCAAAGUGGCUAAAUAAACUGUGCUCACAGAAAGUACAGGAAAUGUGUACACACCCAUCCACCCACACACACACACUAGCUGCACGCUUCUGUAUGAAGUGUAUCAGCGUCUGAAUAACAAAUAUGUGUGUCUUCACGCUGUAUAGGUUUUAGCUGUCAGGUAAGAGGGCAGGAAAGCGAGCACUGACAAGGUCACUGUAUGAAUCCUGUCAGAAAACACUAUUAAUGGAAUAGUUCAUCUCUGCGAUUCUUCUUCUCUUGAAAAACCAUUCUAAUUUUUGACCUGAGAUGAAGUGCAUGCGUGUUUGAAACCACACCCUGACCCUGAUGUCUGUGCGGCAUUGGAGUGAAACGAAAACAAAAUUCACUUGAGGAUCAAACAGACUGUAUUUUCUGCUUAGGCAUGUGUUAUUUAUUUCAGAACAAAUCUAUAAUUUAGUGGCUGCUCCUACAGGAGAUAUUGUAACCCUUUGUAGAGGAUUGUCCAGGAAACCCAUUUCUAUUGCAAUGAACUGCAUCAUGCGUGAGUAAAUGGAAAUGUGUUCAUACGGCAUCAAAGUCUGUAAAACGUACAACAGCGAAUUCCCUGAAUAUUCCCUGUUUUUGUAAAUAUUUUCUAUUAAUUAUGGAAGCAUAACUCAUAUUGAGUUGACAGUAUUAUAAAAAUAAAAAUAAAAAAAACACUGGUGGAUAUGAAUGUUUAGGGCUUUGUUGACUUCAGUAUUUCGCCUUCGUGCCACGUCACCUCCUGAGAUCCAGCUGCUCAUCUCUGUGUACAUGAAUGUGCUGCAUGUCUGUCUCAUUUGUUCGCAAUCUGGAGCACGUGUACUUUAAGUGUUUUGUUUAAAAGUGUUUAAGAGUAACAAGAGAUUUAUACUUUAUAAUCCAUCCUAGGACAGAUUCCCACUCUAGGAAGAGCCUACUUUUUUUCUGUGUCUAUGUGGCUCACGUGUGUUAAGGAGCUGAAGGAUCAAAAGCCUAUAUAGCUGCCCUAUAAAGUUACAUUUAAACCUGUUUUAGUAUUGUUUAGCAUAUUAUUAUUAUUAUUGAUCAGUAAUAAAUUGUAUGUGUUGAUAAAUAUGGUUCUGAAUGCAUGUUUAUAGUGUAUAUAAUAACUCAUGUGGACUCUUGACUUAUACUGUAAAAUAAAGAUUU